GGCAUUCAUCAUUUCAUUUAUCAAGAGCGUGUGACAUUGGCAAUGGAAAAUUGCACAGUAGGGUAUAGGCUAAAGUGCAGCAGAAGGAUUAAGAGGAUUAGCUUUGGGUAUUGAGCACAAUCCACGCGUGAUGUGAAGCCUCAAGCCUCUCUCAAAUUUCAAAACCCAAGAACCCCUUUCUCUUUCUCAGCUCUCUCUUAUAUAUAAUACUACUACUGGUCCUCUUGUUUCCUUAAUUCACUAGCUUAUUUUCCAUUUCAUAACCACUAUUUAUCUGCAUUCUGCUUAGCUUAGCCUUGGGUGUUGAUCAGCACAAAGACAUGUCUAUGGUGGAAGUGAGAGUUCCAAAUCUUGACUGUGAGGGAUGUGCUUCCAAGUUAAAGAAAGCUCUCUUCAAGCUCAAAGGUGUUGAAGUAGUGGAAAUAGAGAUGGAGAUCCAAAAGAUAAGCGUGAGAGGGUACGCGUUGGAUGAAAGGAAAGUGCUAAAGGCGAUUAAGCGAGCUGGAAAAGCAGUAGAGCCAUGGCCAUUUCCUGGUUACUCAUCUCAUUAUGCAUCAUUUUACAAGUACCCUACAUACAUUAAGAACCAUUACUAUGACACCUACAAAAACGAAACCACCACCGGCGUACAUACCUUCUUCCACACUCCGGCAGCUUAUUCCGUCGCCGUGGCGUCCGAUGAGGCCAUUGCUUCGCUCUUUAGUGAUGACAAUCCACAUGCUUGCACUAUUAUGUGA